AUGGACAUGGUUGCUGUAGGACAACAAAGAAUGCUUCAAUUGCAUGAGCUAGAAGAAAUACGCAACGAAGCAUAUGAGAGUUCGAGAAUCUACAAGGAGAAAACCAAAGUUUUCAUGACAAACAUAUUCUUCGGAAGAGUUUUGUGGAAGGUUUUUCCUCAUGGAGCGGUAGAAGUUGUAAGUCCAAGUACCGGAAAGUCAUUCAAGGUGAAUGGUCAGAGAUUAAAGCCAUAUUAUGAAUCAAUGGAGGAAGAACAAGCUGCGGUGAUUCACCUCAUUGACCUGGUAUAUGUUGAUGAAUGA